UCACCUAUUCUGUCAUUAUUGAAUUCUGACUGAUGUGCAUUUUGUACGGCAAAAUUAUCUAAAAAAACCUAUAAAACAUCUUGAUUUUUGCUUAUCCUAACAAAAAUGGAGCUGAACGACGUGAUAGUGAACCAGCCAGUGGUUAUAGACAAUGGCUCUGGAGUGAUCAAAGCCGGCUUCGCUGGCGAUCAGAUCCCAAAAUGCAGGUUUCCCAACUACAUCGGGCGCCCCAAACACAUCAGAGUGAUGGCUGGAGCGUUAGAAGGCGAGUUGUUCGUCGGCCCGCGCGCUGAGGAGCACCGGGGCUUGCUUAGCAUUAAGUAUCCGAUGGAGCACGGAAUUGUUACGGAUUGGAACGACAUGGAGCGUGUGUGGAACUAUAUUUAUAGCAAGGACCAACUGUCAACGUUCUCGGAGGAGCAUCCAGUGUUGCUGACGGAAGCGCCACUGAACCCUCGCAGGAACAGAGAAAAGGCAGCUGAAGUGUUCUUCGAGACGUUCAACGUACCAGCUCUGUUCUUGUCCAUGCAGGCUGUGCUUAGUUUGUACGCGACCGGUCGCACCACAGGCGUGGUGCUAGAUUCAGGUGACGGUGUGACGCACGCGGUGCCAAUUUACGAGGGCUUCGCUAUGCCGCACAGUAUUAUGCGGGUAGACGUCGCUGGGAGGGACGUCACUAGGUAUCUGAGGCUUCUUCUCCGCAAAGAAGGCGUAAACCUCCGCACGUCAGCAGAACUAGAAAUCGUGAAGGCCAUCAAGGAGCGCGCCUGUUACCUCUCUCCAAACCCGCUUAAGGAAGAAACUUUGGAGACGGAGCGGGCCCAGUACACGUUACCCGACGGGACGCAGCUAGAGAUUGGACAAGCGAGGUUUAGGGCGCCAGAGGUAUUGUUCCGGCCAGACCUCAUCGGGGAGGAGUGUGAAGGCCUCCACGAAGUUCUGAUGUUCGCCAUACAGAAGUCGGACAUGGAUCUCCGCAAGGUUCUGUACCAGAACAUAGUGCUGAGCGGCGGCUCGACGUUAUUCCGAGGGUUCGGGGACCGCCUGCUAGCGGAGAUAAGGCGGCUGGCGCCCAAGGACAUGAAGAUUAGGAUCUCAGCACCUCAAGAGCGUUUAUACUCCACUUGGAUAGGCGGCUCGAUUCUGGCGUCGCUCGACACUUUCCGCAAGAUGUGGGUUUCUAAGAGGGAGUACGACGAGGAGGGACACAGGGCGGUCCAUCGCAAGACUUUCUAGGCUUAUUUGUAGGUAAAAGGUCACAGCACACUUAUCAACUCGGAAAGGGAUCGACACCGUAUCGCCUACCGCUGUCAACCGCGAGUCGAGGCGUUUACGUUAGGGGGCCAUUAAUUACGUGAGACGUUUAGGGGGGGAGGGGGUCAAGAAAAAUCUCACUAAAUCUCACGUAGGGGAGAGGGGGGGUCUCGACAAAUAUCACGUAAUUUUUUUCAGCAAGAAACAGGGUACAAUUAAAAGUGGGCUAUUUUAAAUUAAAAAAAUAUUAUUUAUUAUGCUUAUGAUAAAUUUAUUUUUAUUCUAAACCGUCUAAACAAUAAAGAAAUUAGAAUUUUAUUUUAAUCCUAAUCGAAGCCCCGAUUUACAUUUACAUAGUAAAUACGCAUUUUAAGAAAUCUCACGUGAGAUUGUGAGGGGGGCGUCUGGAAAAAUCUCACCAAAUCUCACCAAGGGGGGCUGGGGGGUUGAAAAAUGGCCAAAAUUGUCUCACGUAAUUAAUGGACGCCCCCUUACGGUGCGGAUAAGUGUGCGUUGCAGUAUUUAGUUUCAUACAAAGAAUGUUCCCCGAGUUGAUACGGUUACAAUCCAUUUGCGGGUUGAUAAGUGUGCUUCGUCCUAAAACGAGUAUUUUGAUGGUCUAUGCUUGGGUGAGGCUCAAGAGAUUCCCCGUUGUCUCUAAAUAUGGCCUCAGCCUUAUUCAAGUCAAAGUGUGGCUUGCAGCCACUUUCUAUGUUCAACAAAUUGAUAAAUCAACAAAUUUAUAAACAAGUUUGUCUUUCUAUGCAAUAGCUAUAGUCUUACUAGCGGCUUGGCCCGCGUGGAAUUUUGUCUGUCACAGAAAAACUUUAUCGCGGCGUCCCUGUUUCAGAAACCGGAAUAAAAACUAUCCUAUGUCCUUUUCCGGGACUCAAACUAUAUCUUUGCCAAAUUUCAUCAAAAUCGGUUCAGUGGUUUAGGCGUGAAAGUAAGACAGACAGUUACUUUAACAUUUAUAAUAUUAGUAUAGAUUUUGUUGCAAAUUGUUUAAAAGACACCAUUUAUCCUUUUACCGAUAGUGGCUGAAUUGUUGCCACCAUUUUGAACUUUAUUGAGAUGAAAAAAAGGUUUAAAACCAAUGAAAAAUAUUUUUCUCUACUGUAUAAAGGGAUAAACAAAACAUUAAUGUCACAACCUCUAAAACAUUUUACUGUAACCAUGACAACGUGCUGUUCCCAUACAUAAGUAUGACAAAGAUUUGUUGAGCGUAAAAACUGGCUCAAUAUAGUACAUCAUAAAUAUUAUUAUAUUUAGAUAUCAAAUGCUUUUAUUAAAUAAUGUAAAAACUCGCAAUCAUAAUUUUAAUUUAUACAUUUCAACACAUCUGUUCUGCGUACUUAAAAUACGUUUACAGCUGAAAAACCUAGGGUAAACCGACAGUUAUUAGGCGCUGCCAAUCAUUGGACAAAACGCCCUUUGAAUGUCCAUAAAAUGAAUGAAUACUUAUUUCUUCAAAUAACUUCAACUUAACGCCCUUUUAACUCCAUCAGACGGAAUCUCUUAGUUGUUGAAAUAGAAAUACUAUUUUUAAUUGAGAAUGUUACUAGGUAUGCAAAAUCACUUGAAAUCUAUGUUACAGUUAGGCUUUUACAUUUACAAAUACAUUAGUUUUUAUUUCAUUCAAAAAUACCCAGUAGUUAUGAUUUUAUAGGCAUUCAAAGUUCGCUUAAAUAUUGAGUCCCGCCGACGGUCACGUGACCCCGCGUGACGUACAUUCACAGUGGCCGCUCACUAGAAAACGGAUAUAAACAUACUUAAAUACAUUUUUUUGUAAAUACAAACUUAUUAUACAUAUUAACACCCAGACCCAUCACAGAAAUUUAAAUUGAACCAAACCCAAACUUGAUGCGAUUGUGUCGUUUUAUUGCGAAUUACCUUCCAGCUCCAUCAUUAGACCCUGAUUACUAUAUAGAAUUAAAGUACUCAAAAAUACAAAACUAACGAGCCCAAACUCGAUGGAUUUAAGUCGUUUUAUUAUAGAGUUCCUAUGGCCACCUUCCAGCUCCAUCAUCAGAUCAGCUCCAUGUCAUCAUAAUAUUGCAUGGUCAUCCAAAUCACAUGUGUUUGCCAAAUUUCAGCUUAAUCGGUUGCCUGGAAGUGGGUCUUAAUUCAGCUUGUAAGAUUCCACCCAUACAAAUAUGAGCCAGUCACUGUAAUAUGACGUCACGCGCAUAUAAUGGCGGGCCGGCCGCCGCCCGCACUUUUAAAAUUCAAUAUCUUUGAAACUAAUUGACGUAUCGAAAUGAUUCUUUCACGUGUAUUUUUUAUUUUUAACAGAGAAUAGAGAAAGCUAAAAAACAAAAUUAGUGAACAUUCUUCAUUCAAUAAAAUAACUGUCCAAUAACUCCUUUAAGUGUCCAAUGACUGGCAGUUUACCCUAUUACAAAUUAAUUUGUACUAUAUUUCUUUACCACUAAUGCUGGUUUUCUAUAUUUUAUCCUAAUACAAAUCUGUCCGUCAACUGUCUUUAAUGUUUUUGGUCAAAAUAUCUGCGGUUUUCGAUGUUCUUACAUUUUCAUAUUGUUUAUAAGACUUUUUAAACAAUAUCAAAGUUAUAGGAUAUAGCAGGGGUGGCCAACCGGUCGAUUGCGAUUGACCGGUCGAUCGCGACUAUUAGUCCAGUCGAUCGUGGCUAGGGAAAAAAUACAACAUGAUUGUGUAUUAAACUAUGCUGUUUCAUUUAAGAUUUCAAGAAGUAUGUAAGUGGUAGAUCGCCCAGGGUUUCGUUAGUAAAUAGUAGAUCUUAUGUCUAAUCAAGUUGGCCACCCCUGGGAUAUAGGAUAUUUAAUUUAAUACUGAAUUAAAUUCGACAGUUAAAAUCUGUAUUUGGUAAAGAUUGAAUAUGGGAAACAGGGGUAGGGUUAACAAUUAGUUGAAAAAACUUUGUUUCGUUUCUCACACGCUGUGAAAUAUACACAACAUAUAGAAAAGUUCUAAUCAUGAUUUAGCUUAAUUUUUAUUAUAUCACUUUUUAUAUCAGUACCUCUAGCAUGAACAACUUUCGUCUUCGAAUCGUUUGCGUAUUCGACAAAAUUCGAUACUCAACCUUCGAAUUAAACGAUAAUGUGACAAUUUUGAUUCUCAAAAUAAGUUUCGUGCAACCAUUUCUUAUACUAAGUUCACUUUACGUCACGUUCACAGAGGCACAGGCACUGUUUAAGUUUUCAUACUAAACCUUUCGAUGGCGAUUCGAAUACGCAAACGAUUCGAAGUCGAUUCGUUUUUCGUGCACGAGGUACCGGUCACACCCGUAUCCACAAACGUUACUAUGAGGUCUCACAGUGCGCGUGGACGCAAAGUUGACACACGAACCAAUCACAGAGCUCUAUUCAACGCUGUGCGUUCGAUUUGCUGCUUCACUUAAGCAAGCAUCGUUUGUGAAUACGGGCGUUAAUAUAUUGGUCACGAUCGAACGAAUGAACAGUCAAACGAAUGAAUGAGUGAAUGGAGUUUGAAAUUGCGGCAUUCAUUUAGACAUUUUGUAUAAGAUGUAAAUAAUCUUUUUUAUUUUGGGAGUAUUCACAUUGUGUACAAUCCGUGCUAAUAGAAACUGGAAAUUUUUAAAUAAACAACUCGAGCCUAAGGCGGGAAUCGAACCCACCACCUUUCGCUUGCCGGGCGACAGUGUUGGCAAAAAGUUAAUCUGAUUAAUGAUUAAAAAUUAAUGAUUAAAAUCAUAAUCAAAUUUUUUUGAUUAUGAUUAGUUAAUCAUUAAUCAAAAAUUUUGAUUAAGAUUAAUUAAUCAUAAUCAUUAAUCGUUAAUUUGAUUAUUUGAUUAACUAUCUACUAUUUUCAUACGAAAAGGGUUGGGAGUGUAUGAAAAGGUUCCCGCGACUUAUAAAAUAUCUAGCAAAGGGGGGAUCUGGAGUUGUACUGUCGUUUUCCCAAAAAACUGCGUCAAUUUUCACUACUCAAAACACUUAUCGCACUAGUUUUGUUUCUCACAAUUCCUUCUAUUCUUCCGGUAUCCUCCAGCAAAAUUAGGUCAGGAUAGAAGUUAAGCGGGCUGGCUGACGAUAGGGGAGAAGUCGUCCCCCCCCCCCCCCCCCCCAAGGUAGGCGCAAGCGUGGGCAAUUCAACGGAAAGGUGGGGUUGCUAAACUAGGACGUUUUGUGUGUUAGGGAGGUGCAGGAGAGUUCGUAACAGAAGUUUCGGGGGGAGGCCCACGCGUGGGCAAUUCAAUAGAAGGGUGGGGUUGCUAAGCUAGGAGGUUUUGCGUGUUGGGGAGGUGCAGGAGAGUUCGUACCAGAAGUUUCGGGGGGAGGGCCACGCGUGGGCAAUUCAAUAGAAGGGUGGGGUUGCUAAGCUAGGAAGUUUUGCGUGUUGGGGAGGUGCAGGAGACUUCGUACCAGAAGUUUCGGGGGGAGGGCCACGCGUGGGCAAUUCAAUAGAAGGGUGGGGUUGCUAAACUAGGAGGUUUUGCGUGUUGGGGAGGUGCAGGAGAGUUCGUAACAGAAGUUUCGGGGGGAGGCCCACGCGUGGGCAAUUCAAUAGAAGGGUGGGGUUGCUAAGCUAGGAGGUUUUGCGUGUUGGGGAGGUGCAGGAGAGUUCGUACCAGAAGUUUCGGGGGGAGGGCCACGCGUGGGAAAUUCAAUAGAAGGGUGGGGUUGCUAAGCUAGGAAGUUUUGCGUGUUGGGGAGGUGCAGGAGACUUCGUACCAGAAGUUUCGGGGAGAAGCCCACGCGUGGGCAAUUCAAUAGAAGGGUGGGGUUGCUAAACUAGGAGGUUUUGCGUGUUGGGGAGGUGCAGGAGAGUUCGUACCAGAAGUUUCGGGGGGAGGGCCACGCGUGGGCAAUUCAAUAGAAGGGUGGGGUUGCUAAGCUAGGAAGUUUUGCGUAUUGGGGAGGUGCAGGAGACUUCGUACCAGAAGUUUCGGGGAGAAGCCCACUCGUGGGCAAUUCAAUAGAAGGGUGGGGUUGCUAAACUAGGAGGUUUUGCGUGUUGGGGAGGUGCAGGAGACAUCGUACCAGAAGUUUCGGGGGGAGGCCCACGCGUGGGCAAUUCAAUAGAAGGGUGGGGUUGCUAAGCUAGGAGGUUUUGCGUGUUGGGGAGGUGCAGGAGACUUCGUACCAGAAGUUUCAGGGGAGGCUAGGGGUGGGGGGCAGGUGGUGGGAGUGUGGGGUUGCAAGUAAGUGCUGGAACGGUAGGGGAAGUGGACUGAUAUCCUCCUACGGGAGGUCGGAAGACUGCACCGGAAGUUUCAGCGAGGGAAGGGGGCGGGGGGCAGUCUAGGUUACCUUAUAUUUAUCUAGGUAUAGCUUUCCGCCCGCGGCUUCGCCCGCGUGGAAUUUUGUCUGUCACAGAAAAACUUUAUCGCGCGCGUCCCUGUUUCAAAAACCGGGAUAAAAACUAUCCUAUGUUCUUUCCCGGGACUCAAACUAUCUCUUUGCCAAAUUUCAUCAAAAUCGGUUGCGAGGUUUAAGCGGGAAAGCGUAACAGACAGACAGACAGACAGAGUUACUUUCGCAUUUAUAAUAUUAGUUGGUAUGACCUGUCAUAGAAUUGUAGCCUAAAACCAAACAUCUAAUAUUAGAAUUCAAUGUUUUAACAUUGUUUUCGAUAGAACAUUUAAGAAGUUAAUCAAUCAAAUUAAUGAUUAUUGAUUAAUGAUUAACAAAUUAAUCAUGAUUAUGAUUACUUUUUUAAUCAUGAUUAUUUUAAUCAGGAUUAAUUUAAUCAUGAUUUAAAUUAAUCAAAUUAAUUAAUUGAUUAAAAAAUUAAUUGAUUAGUGCCAACACUGCCGGGCGACAGCUCUUCCAACUGAGCUACUUAGACACUGGAUGAAUUUUUACAACUAACUUUAUAACUAUAACGAUAACCGGUGUUUUUGUAUGGAAUUUGACAGAUUUUUGACGUUUGUCAAAGUUAAAGUAAGAUGGUGCAACCCAGCCUAAAUCGAAUAUCAUUGACACCGAGCUGUUUAUACAGGGUGUAAUUUUAUCACAUUUUUGUCGGUUCGAUUCCCGGCAAGCGAAUUUUCGGAAAUCUUUGAAUGCAGUUCUGUUUUUUUUCAUAAAUAAAACAAUGUUUUCUUUGAGUAAAAUUUUCUAUCUACAGUAUUAAGAGUACCUUCCCUUCAGGUUGCAUUACAAAUUUUCAAAUAUUUCCACCCUGUAUAGUUGCUGCAAUUCACGAAGGCGAGUGAGCUUUACAUGUGUGGUGGCUCGCUACUGCUCAUUUUUCAAGUCUUGAUAGACAUUACACUAUCGUUGUGUGCAUGUACACGUACACACAAGUAAAGCUCACUCGACUUCGUGAGUUGCAAGAACUGUACCAAAUUAUAGUCUGGUCUGUGAGCACGUAGAAUUUUGUCCAAUUAAAUAAUUACGCGCGAGCGAUAAGGAUGGGUAGCUUGGGGUCAUUGGACAAAAUUCUACGUGCUCGCAGACCGGGCUUUAUCAGUGUCUAUUAGUGCGGAAUAGUGUGUUUUUUAUGAUAUUUCAUGUCAUAGAAUGCACGAUAUUAAUGUGGAUGUACCUUUUAAGCUGUUGGAUGUAUGCAAUGUAAUUAUGAAUUUAUUUAAAGAGUUUAGCUUUUUUGCUAAUACAUAAAUAAAGACAGGCGCUACAUAGAUGCGAUUAUUUUGUAUUUUUUUUACUCCUAUGUUCUUCUGAUUAAUUUCGUUGCGGGUCCAAUGACAGUAACUUUCCCCCAGGACAAACUUGACCUUCACUGGUUGGGUUAUUGGCAGUCAAGCUGUAGAUCCUGGCUACACAGGAGUUGCAGCGGUGGGAACGAGAGGUGGGAAUAGAUUUUUUUUAGAAUUUGAAUUUGUAACAAUGUUUUCACGACUAAUCGCAUCUCUGUGGCGUCCCAUACAAACGUGCAUUAUGGCGCUAGAGUGAGCCUUAGUAUUUAAUGUAAGCUAGGUACAUGUUUAUUUCUAAUAAAUUAUUAUUUUCGA